AGCAGGAUGUCCCUUCCCAAUGAGACCCAGUUUCGCCCCUCCUUCUUCUUGUUGCUGGGAAUCCCAGGACUGGAAACUCUCCAUAUCUGGAUUGGCUUCCCUUUCUGUGCUGUGUACCUCAUUGCACUCAUAGGGAACUUCACUAUCCUGUUUGUGAUCCAGGCUGAGAGCAGUCUACACCAGCCUAUGUUCUACUUCCUGGCCAUGCUGGCUACCAUUGACUUGGGUCUCUCCACAGCUACCAUCCCUAAGAUGCUUGGGAUCUUCUGGUUUGGUCUCAAAGAGAUCCUCUUUGAAGCAUGCCUCUCCCAGAUGUUCUUCAUUCAUAGUUUCACACUUAUGGAGUCAGCAGUCCUCUUGGCAAUGGCUUAUGACCGCUAUGUAGCCAUCUGCAACCCCCUCCAAUAUAGCACCAUCCUCACCAACAGGGUUGUUUCUGAGAUUUGUCUUGCUGUGAUAGGGAGAGCAUUUAUUUUUGUGAUUCCAUUUGUAUUUCUCAUUUUACGAUUGCCAUUCUGUGGGAGUUAUGUCAUCCCUCAUACAUAUUGUGAACACAUGGGUCUUGCUCGCCUAUCUUGUGCCAGUAUCAAGAUCAAUAUUAUUUAUGGCUUAUGUGCAAUUUGUAAUCUAGUGUUUGACAUCAUAGCUGUUGCCCUUUCUUAUGUUCAGAUACUCUGUGCCGUUUUUCGUCUUCCUUCCCAUGAAGCCAGACUCAAGUCCCUUAGCACCUGUGGUUCUCACGUUUUUGUGAUUCUUGCUUUCUAUACACCAGCCCUCUUUUCCUUCAUGACACAUCGCUUUGGACAAAAUGUUCCCCGCUAUAUCCAUAUACUCCUGGCCAAUCUUUAUGUCAUAGUACCGCCAGUGCUCAACCCUGUCAUAUAUGGAGUCAGAACUAAGCAGAUCUAUGACCAUGUAAAGAAAAUGUUAAAACUGAAACAAAGAAAAGAGAAUGACAUCUAG